GGGGGCCAUUAAACGCGUUAUAUGUGUCUUGCAAUUUGAUCCCGCUGCACUCGGUGCUACGCUCGGUGCCCCGAUCGGAGAGUAAUUUAUGCGAAUUCCUGGCCGGCGAGGUGUCCGCGGACGUGUGACCGCUCGACCCCCUGGUCGAGACCGAAGGGAACGAUCCUCCACGGAGGAGGACUACGGAGGAAGGUGUCUGGAACCGUGGGACCGAGUCCGGCUGCGCAGAACUGAUCCUUUCUGGGUAAAUGGUUGGGAGUUGCUGAUAGGUGAUGCAAGGCGUUAUGCCAACAAAGACAAAGUCUCGAGUUCCAGAAAAUAUGGGUGUAGCCAGUGGACUUGUCGAUGCACGAGCUAAACAGGUGCUCCGGGAGGCUGUGGAUGCGGUCGUGAACAGUUUUGCUAAACACACGCAGGGGUAUGGCCGAGUAAAUGUUGUGGAGGCAUUACAAGAAUUUUGGCAAAUGAAACAGAGCAGAGGGACGGAACUACGGAACGGUGCCCUAGUUAUAUACGAAUCGGUUCCUGGUGCCAGUCCUCCGUACGUGUGUUAUGUCACUUUACCUGGAGGAUCUUGCUUCGGGAGCUUUCAGAAUUGUCCCACCAAGGCAGAGGCACGCAGAUCGGCUGCUAAAAUAGCUUUGAUGAAUUCUGUGUUCAACGAACAUCCCUCUAGGAAAAUUACGGACGAUUUCAUCGAGAAGGCCGUUGCCGAGGCACGCGCCAGCUUUGCCAAGCCUUCGUCUACCUCGAAUGGUGUUGGUGGUCAAACGCAGGGAAGCGGAGAUGAAAAGGAGGAUCCAAAUACGGGAAUAGGUGCAUUUCGUUUUAUGUUAGAAUGCAAUCGAGGAAGGACCAUGCUGGAGUUUCAAGAGCUCAUGACGGUAUUUCAACUUCUUCACUGGAAUGGAUCUUUGAAAGCAAUGAGGGAAAGGCAAUGCAGCAGACAGGAGGUUGUUGCUCAUUACAGUCAUCGAGCUCUCGAUGAUGACAUGCGCAGUCAAAUGGCACUAGACUGGGUCGCUAGAGAACACGAGAGCGGUGGUGGAGUAGUAGCCAUGGAAUUGGCCCUUGCCGAAAGAGAACUUGAAACUGCUCGCCUUGCGGGUCGCGAGCUUAGAUUUCCUAAAGAGAAAAAAGACAUUUUAAUGCUCGCACAUGCUCAAGUCUGUCCUCAGUGAUUUGUCAAGUCGAUAGCUGAGGAAAGCUGCUCGAAAAAUAUGCUAACUCGUCUUGACGGUAUAUAACUUCGUCUUUCUUUAAAGACUGAAGAAUAGAAGACGGUUAGAAAGCUUACCACCGUUUCGCGAACUUUAUAAAUACAAUGUUGCGGGACGCGUUAUUGCUUGCCUUCUAACUCUUUUCAAGGAUCUCGGAACCUGAGGUGUCAU